AUGAGGCUGAGGGCGGAAACUGUGUUUAAGUGGCACCUACACUUGUUCGCUUUUAGGAAUGGUUGGGAUAGUGAUGAGGUGAAGGUUCUGGAGGACUCUGGUGUCAGCGACACAUUUUUGGAGUCAUUUUGCCUGGCCACCCAACUAAUUCCAGUGAGGGACCCCAUUAAGGGGGAUAAUUUGAAGGAUAGGGUGCCCGCCGAUGUUCUAGAGGCCGAGAUUAAACGACUGGCUCGCGAACAUGUUUAUAAACACCUCGAAAAGAUUGACAGCUUGCUCAAGACCAUGGCACCCACAAUGAGAGUCCUUGAUUUUUAUGGGCUGCCCAGUUUGUUCAUGAUCGACUGCGAGCGAGAAAACCAUGGCGUGCGUAUCCUUGCAUCACAAGGCCUAAAGGACCAGCGUGAAUGGGACGAGCUCGACAACCGUGAUCACACCCUACCACCCAGGAGCCCAGACUUGCUCUAUUCUCCCAAUCCCCCCAUUGGCAACCAAACUGAAGAUCUUCCUCGAUCACACUCCAGUUCCCAAGCCCGUCUGAACGCUUCCGUGGCCAGCUGGCGGUCUGGAGUCCAGCACAUGGUGGAUGAGCCACCCAUACAAAUUCCAUCUUAUCCUUCUCAUCACUCCCAGACUAUCGAAGCAUCCUUAGCGACCAACUUCCGCAUGCCCCGCUUGCCCGCUGAAGGAGCGGAGCUGGAUCACCUUAUGUAA